AUGGGCCAAGUUUCUCAAAUAGCAUAAUACGGCAAAGUAUUUUUUGGAGAUAGAGACCAAACACCUACCGAGGUUAUCCAUGCCGUCUAAGUGCUUGUUGAUCAGCUUGAAAGACUUUUAUGUGACGUAGGCUAUCAAGCCUUGGUUACCGAUGGCGUGGCCAAGAGAUCUAACAAGAGAAGAGGGGCUGGCGGAUAGAGACAAAGAAUUCUCCGCCGGUCGCUGAUGUUGCUGGUUUAUACCAUUCUUGUCAACGUCCCUGAUGGCAUCUGGAUGCUUUCAUUUCGUCUAUUGAUCAAGAGAGGGGAAGCCUGACAAGGGUUUGGAUGCGUCAUGCGACCAAUAAAGAUUGAUUCUGAGAGAGAGGAGUGAGAGAGAGGUGGAGGGGUAUUGAGUUAUAGAAUGGAGUAGGGCCCGCCAUCCUCAGCUCAGAAUGACUAAUUAGAGCGGUUGGACUGGUAUUAUCGCGACGCAAAUCAAGCCAUCCAUUCGCUCCUGUCCUGUCCCGACUUGCAACGUUUUCCAGCCUCUCACUGGAAAAAGUAAGAGAGAAGAGACUUUACAUUUGGGUCCCGGGGGUGGUACAGCCGCCAUCGAUCUGGCCCACCUGAAUCGAACUCUCUCUCCUUCCUACCCUUCUCUUAGUCAGCAACUCACCUCCCUCUCUCUCUCUCCCCCAACUAUUCUAUAUCACCAAUCCCUUCGUCAGUAACUCUCUCUCUCUCUCUCUCUCAACUAUUUUCUAUCACCAAUCCCUUCGUCAGUCACCAACUUUCCUCUUGUUGUCCUGGGUCUCGUCUUCGAAUCCCUGGAACCUUUCUCUAUACGUUUCUUCUUCUCCUCUGUUUCCUGCCUCUCUCUCACUCGCCAGUCCCUCAUAUAGCUCCAGCGCUUUCUCCGUCUUCCCAGUCCCUCAUAGAAAGGGGAACCUUCGGACUCGCAAGCGGCUUCCUGCAGGUGUGGCCUCAUCAUGGGCGAUAAGGUUAGUAAUCGUUCAUUUAUUUCUAGGCUCCAAUUUUCUCUUCUGCUGUUGUCAAUGUCAAAUCCUUGCCCACCUUAGGGGUUCCUCAGUUUUCUUCUUUCUUUAAUCGAACGUUUCAUUUGUCAUUCAGUCUUAACUAGGGAAGAUCUGCUCCGUAUCAUAUUUGUCUCGAUGUUUCAGUCUCUCUGCUCUUCUGUCUGACCUAUAACUUUUGUCCCCAAGAUCUCCCUGCAGGUUCCACUUAUCCUGCUUUUGAUCGAACAUCUCUCCUGUUCUUUCCCUCUGUCUCUGUUUCUCUCCCUCUUAAGUUUCUUCCAUUCCUAUUGAUCAUUCAACCUGCACCAUCCUUCAUCGGUAGCGAACCUCGCUUCCAGUUUCGAGCCUAGAACUUUUCCUCAUCUCGUCCUGUAACUGCAGAAAUUGGUCUUGAAACUGGAUUUGAACGAUCCGAAGGAGAAGAAGAAGGCAUUGAAAGCCGUAACAGCCCUUAUAGGUACAAUCUCCCCUCUCUCUCUCCCUCUCUCUUCCCCCUCUCUGCAAUCUCUAAUGCUUACUUAUUAUCUCUCUAGGGAUCGAUUUCGUCUGCAUGGACAUGAAGGACAAGAAGAUGACCGUGGUCGGGAUGGCCGACCCGAUUCGCGUGGUGGGCAGACUACGCAAGUUCUGGCGCACCGACGUCGUUUCCGUCGGCCCCGCAAAGGAGCCGGAGCCGAAGAAGGAAGAGAAGAAAGAGGAGCCCAAGAAGGAGGAACCCAAGAAGGAAGAGGCCAAGAAGGAGGAGCCAAAGAAGGAGGCUAAGGAAGAGAAGAAGGACCCCAACGAACAGGUGCACAGGGCCUUCCAGCCCCCGAUGACGGUGCACUACGUUGUCCAUAGCUGCGAGGAGGACCCCACGUCGUGUGUCAUAUGCUAA